UUGAAGUUCUUGGAUAAAAGCACUGUCCUUUAUAGACUCUAGUAGCACCAUACAUAUAGUAAUAGCAUGGCUCUUCGAUGGUUUCUCCUUCUCAGCCUCAUUAGCAGUAUUUUACUUCUUGUUCAUGUUACUCACUCAGCUGCUCAGGAUGCCCGAAAGGCUUAUAUUGUGUAUAUGGGCGACAAGCCAAAGAACGGGGUGCCAAUAACACCUGAUCUUCAUGUGAAUAUUCUAAGAGACGUAGUUGACAACAACAUUAAUAAUAAUAUUGCACAUGAAGCUCUUCUUCUUCACAGCUACAAGAGAAGUUUCCAUGGAUUUGCUGCAAUGCUCACAGAACAAGAAGCACAAAAACUGGCUGGAAUGGAUGGUGUAGUGUCUGUCUUCCCAAGCAAACAAAUGAGCGUCAAAACAACAAAGUCAUGGAACUUCCUUGAGUUUCCAGAAACAGUUAAAAGAAGCAACCUUGAAAAAGAUAUCAUUAUCGGUGUGAUCGACACUGGAAUUUGGCCAGAAUCGCACAGCUUUAUUGAUGUUGGUUUUGGUCCUCCACCCAAGAAAUGGAAAGGCAUAUGUCAAGGCAAUAACAACUUUACUUGUAACAAUAAAAUUAUCGGAGCACGGUAUUACCGUCAUUUGGGAUCCUUUGAAGAAGAACUUGAGUCUCCAAGAGACUCUGAAGGUCAUGGAACCCAUUGCGCAUCAAUAGCAGCUGGGAACAUAGUGAGAAAUACGAGCAUAAAUGGUUUAGGGUUUGGAAACGCAAGAGGAGGGGUGCCAUCAGCACAUAUUGCGGUGUACAAAGCAUGCUGGAAGAACGGUUGUUCAGAUGCUGACAUUCUAGCGGCAUUCGAUGACGCCGUUGCUGACGGUGUCGAUAUAAUCUCUGCUUCCAUUGCAAGCAAAGUUCCAAAUGAUUAUUUUCGAAGCGGAGUUGCAAUUGGGGCAUUUCACGCUACCAGAAAGGGGAUACUAGUUUCAACUUGCAGUGGUAACGAAGGUCCGAAAAAAAGAACUGUGAUAAACUUUGCACCGUGGUUGCUUUCUGUGGCUGCUACCACCAUAAACCGUCAGUUCAUCACCAAAGUUCAAUUGGGGAACGGAAAAGUCUAUGAGGGACUAUUACCAAACAUACAUGACCUCCAGGGUAAAUUCUAUCCUUUAAUAUAUGGUGGAGACGCACCUAAUACAACAGAAGGUGGUAACGCGACUAUGUCAAGGUUCUGUUCCACAAAUAGCUUAAAAGAUGAUUCGAUCAGAGGUAAAAUUGUGCUUUGCGAUAGAGGCCCCGAUGGCAGUGGGGAUGGGUAUGGGGCCAUAGAGGGUGGUGCAACCGGAGUUAUUCUGACGGGCGUAAAAGUUGCCGAGGAGCUGGUUGGCCCUUUUCCCCUGCCUGCAUCUCACGUCGGAUUGGAAGAAAACAGCAAAAUUUACAAAUACAUAAGCGAAACAAGGAACCCAAUUGCAACUAUUUUCAAAAGUGAAGAGAUUAAUGAUGUAUUGGCUCCAUACGUGCCCUCCUACUCGUCAAGGGGUCCAAAUCCGAUGAAUCCUAACAUUCUCAAGCCAGAUUUAGCAGCUCCAGGUACUCACAUUCUAGCAGCAUAUGAUCACCAACUGGUAGUUGGUGAUAGCAGAACUGAAUAUAAUUUGGAUAGUGGGACAUCAAUGGCGUGCCCUCAUGCUGCAGGCGCAGCUGCAUACGUCAAAUCAUUUCACUCUAAAUGGUCACCGGCUGCUAUUCAAUCGGCUCUCAUCACUACAGCUAAACCUAUGAGUGCCAAAACUAGCCCGCACGCUGAAUUCGCAUAUGGAGCUGGCCUACUAAACCCUUCUAGGGCUCCAUAUCCUGGUUUGGUAUACGAUCUUGAUGAACAAGACUACUUAUAUUUUUUGUGUUCACAAGGAUACAGUGGCAAACUAUUGGAAAUCAUAACCGGCGACAAGAGUAGGUGCUCAUCAAAAUCUAAUAAUGAAACAGCCAAUGACCUGAACUAUCCUUCUUUUGCUCUUUCAAUCAAGGAUCCAGAAUUCAUCAAUGGGGUCUUCCAUAGGACUGUCACUAAUGUUGGAUCGUCAAAUUCCACAUACAGAGCUAAAGUGGUGGCUCCAUCAGGACUCGAAAUCAAUGUGAAUCCAAAUGUGCUAUCAUUCACAUCUCUCGGCCAGAAGAAAUCUUUUGUUGUUAUAGUAAAAGGGUUGAUUGAGAAAUCAAAUAUAGUUUCUGCAUCUUUGGUGUGGGAUAAUGGUGAUUUUCAAGUCAGGAGCCCGAUUGUUGUCUAUGUUACAGUUUAAUCAAGAGGCUAGGGGUGUGAGAAUUGAAACGUAAGCGAAAGAAAAUGCUAAAUUUGGAGAGUGCUUCAAGUCUAUAUUUGUCAAUUUAUAUGUAUAUGUACUGUUAAUUAGAUAAAAACAUUUUUGAGUA